AUGGCUGGAGAGUUGUAUGAGUCGGAUGACCUAGCUUCGAAUUCUGAAGACGAGAAGUGCCUUCGCAAGGCAAUAGAAUCAGCGGGUCGUAAGCGGAAAAUUGAAACCAAUAAAGUACAACAGAAAUCAAAAAGGACAAAAUGCGAGGAUCCGGAGCAACAGUUUUUUCGUGGUAAGCUAUCACCGCUACUAUUUUUUUAUAUCCAGGAGGAAUUAAUCAUAUUGAUUCAAAAUCUUUGAUGAACACUCGUAAUAAUGAUAUAAACAACAUAUAAAACUUCCAGUAUAGAGUUGUUGUUUGUUACUUACCGUGAAAAUGGGAAAGAUCCAUCACAUAUCGACAAAAUAUGUUGUCAGACGUCCAUGUUUAUAAACAGUCGCAUGGCUACCAUCGGAAAAUAUUGUGAUAUUCCGGUAUAUUCCGGGAAAAUGUUGUGAUAUGUACAUACACGCCAAAUCGUGAAAAGUUAAUUCAGCUUCAUCAGUUGUGUUACGAGCGCUGCACUAAAAUGGCUCCAUGGGCUUUCUCCAGGCAGUACCCCCAAUUCGCUGGACAACGAUUUUUGCAAAAAACAUUGUAGCGGCUGCGAAACGACAAGCAAGUCGCCCAAUACAAAAAAAGAAACCGUUACCACCGGACGCAAUAAAAGAUAUAAUAGAUAAGUUCGGAGGAAGACAGAACAAUUUAAAGGAACUCAGGAUAGCAGCGCUAUGUUCGUUGGGGUUUGCGGGAUUCUUUCGAUACGACAAGUUGCGAAGCAUCAAAGCGAACCAUAUUGAAUUCCUCAAGGAACACAUCAAAAUAUAA